GCUGACAUUUGUGUUCCUCGUUUGAAUGAAGGAGACCAGGUAGUACUGAUCAAUGGCAGGGAUAUAUCAGAACAUACCCAUGAUCAAGUUGUCAUGUUUAUUAAAGCUAGCUGUGAGAGGCACUCAGGGGAACUUGUGCUUCUAGUUCGACCUAAUGCUGUUUAUGAUGUAGUAGAAGAGAAACUGGAGAGUGAACCUGACUUCCAGUAUAUCCCUGAGAAGUCCCCACUAGAUGGCAUCCACCAAGAUGACAAUGCUCUGAGAGAAUCGAUGUUUCAGCUGGCUGAAGGGCUUAUCACUGGAACUGUCCUGGCUCAGUUUGAUCAACUUUAUAGGAAGAAGCCUGGGAUGACAAUGUCUUGUGCCAAAUUACCUCAAAACAUUUCCAAAAAUAGAUACAGAGACAUUUCGCCUUAUGAUGCUACACGGGUCAUUUUAAAGAGUAAUGAUGAUUACAUCAAUGCAAACUAUAUAAAUAUGGAAAUCCCUUCUUCCAGUAUAAUAAACAAGUACAUUGCUUGCCAGGGUCCUUUACCCAACACUUGUCCUGAUUUUUGGCAGAUGACAUGGGAGCAAGGCUCUUCUAUGGUUGUAAUGUUAACCACUCAAGUGGAACGGGGCAGAGUAAAAUGUCAUCAGUACUGGCCAGAGCCUGGUGGAAGUUCUGCAUAUGGGAAUUUCCAGAUCACCUGCCAUUCAGAAGAAGGAAAUCCCGCUUAUGUCUUCAGAGAGAUGACAUUAUCUAACUUGGAGAAAAAUGAACACCGUCAGCUCACUCAAAUCCAGUACAUAGCAUGGCCUGAUCAUGGGGUUCCUGAUGAUUCCAGUGAUUUCCUGGAUUUUGUGAGUCUCGUACGGAAAAGAAGAACUGGCCGAGAAGAACCUGUUGUUGUCCAUUGCAGUGCCGGCAUUGGACGAACAGGAGUUCUUAUCACUAUGGAAACAGCCAUGUGUCUCAUAGAGUGUAAUCAGCCUGUUUAUCCUUUAGAUAUUGUGAGAACCAUGAGAGAUCAAAGAGCCAUGAUGAUCCAAACUCCCAGUCAAUACAGAUUCGUUUGUGAGGCUAUUUUGAAAGUGUAUGAAGAAGGACUUGUUAGACCUUUAAUGACAUCACUGAAUAAAUAGAAAGUAAAAGACACUUUAUGGAAAAACUGGCACAAGAUACUGGCUGCACUUGUUGUGCCAUAACUUUGCUUGCAAGAAAUGGUGUCUGAAAACAAUGAAGAACUGAAAAGAACUUGGAAAAACUUCAGCACUGCUGCACUUUAUGUUGAAACUGAAAAUAGUCUCUAAAAACACUGUUUUUUCUGUGUUGGAAGACUCUCUUCAUGCUUUGCUCUGAACAAACCACAAACUGAACGAACUCCCUGUAUUCAAGAUGACUUUUCCAGACUUGGGUGUAGUGCCAUAUAGUUCCUUUUUGUUUGAACUAUUGCAAGAAAAGAA